AUGGCGAGUACAAGGAGACAAUCUCGGCCAACUCCUCAACUGUAUGUUCAAAGUCCACCAAACUUCACAGGCGGCCAUAAAAUCAAAUUUUGGUCGGCAAAUCCAAAAGAUAGGACGGUGAAAUGUUCACGGUUCAGGAGAUAUACAGAAGAGCCCCAUCCGGUCGUCCGCGGUGCAACCAAAUGGCCGACAAAACCAAAUCACGGCAUAGGCGCGAAAUCCGGCUGGAAAACACUUCCUGGAGCUUCAAUAUCACAUUUCCAAAGGAAUAUCACAAAACGAACGAGCCAAACUCAAGGAUGGCCAAGAAACCUCUUCCCGGAGCCAUAUUGA